AUGCCAGUACGAAAUUUUAAAAUAUUAAUAUAUGGAUUACCUGAUUUAAGAAAUGAUCAGUUACAAACAGCAAUAAUACAUUGUCAAUCUGCCAAUCAGUUAAGAACUGCUUUGAACAACUAUCACGAAUCACUUAUAGUAAUUGUAUGUAACUCCAAUCGUCUAACUGAAAUAGAUACAUUAUUAAUGAAUUAUGAAAUUGAUACAUUAUAUGUUUGUAAUAAUGAUGAAGAUCAAGAUAUUAGAGAAUGGUUUGAUGGUCUUAUAUUUGAGAAUAUGAUUGAAAUCAAUAAUAGAAGACAAUUGAUGCGUCAUUUAUAUACAAAGACAAUGCUUUGUUAUUACAAUCAAGGUUUAGAACAUCAAAAAAAUGGCGAUUUUGGUUUGGCAAAUUUAUGUUUUCUUGACGCACAGACAGCACUGCAAUAUUCUGCUAAUUUUAUGUGA